ACUCCUGUACAAUGGGUGGCGGUGUUUGCACAUUUGGCUGCGAUCGAUCCGCCGUUCAAACCAAACUGAAGGAUGAUGACGAAGAAGAAACUGGAACAGCGAAGAAGAAUCUCCCGUACACACAUAUCUGCCCAUACAUUAGUCGUUCGACGACGGAGUCUGCGAAGCCAAGCCGUUACAGGCAAAGUAAAGCACAUUUACCAGAAUGGUGAAGAUCUUUAUAGGGAAUCUCCCACGGGAGGCAGACCAGGAAGAGAUCCAGGCUCUUUUUUCCGAGCAUGGCACUGUCACGGAAUGCGCCAUCAUCAAGAACUUCGCCUUUGUGCACAUGGAUGAUCGCAAAGCCGCCACGAAAGCGAUCAAAAGUUUGCACCUCCACAAGUUGCAUGGCACUCAGAUCAAUGUAGAGGCCAGCCAUGGGAAGAACCAAGGCUCUGUCAAACUUCACGUUGCCAACGUGGAGAAAGGUUCUGACGAUGAGCUUCGCACUCUGUUUGAGGAGUAUGGCACGGUAACAGAGUGCGCCAUUGUCAAAAACUUUGCUUUUGUGCACAUGGCCAACUCUGAAGAGGCAAUGGAUGCCAUAAAGGGUCUGGACAAUGCCGAAUUCCAGGGCAAGCGUAUCCAUGUCCAGAUAUCAAAGAGUCGCCCCAGGCAUGAGGAGGCUGAAGAAUACCCACCUCCCCCUCCCGAGAGAGGAGGCUACUGGCCCCCCCGUUACCCUGGCGAGAGGCACGAGCCUCCACCUCCAGGCUACCUCAGAGGUCGGCUAAGCCACCACCUCCCCCCCCACAACCUUGGUUACCCUGCCCCCCCUCCCCCACCCCCUCCCCCUAGGCGAGCGCCUUACCCAGAGCGCCCCUUCGAGCGCGAGAGGGAUAGCUAUGGGGUGGUGGAUUACUACGAGAAAUACAGAGCUCGCCCCUACGGCAUCUCGGCCUACGAUGACAGGCAUGUUUCCGCCAUUCCCCCACCUCCUCCUCCCCCUUCCGCCCUGGUCAGGGAGCGCCUCAUGUCCUCAGCUCUCGACCCGUACGAGCGUCGCCCGCUCCCCCCUCCCCCUCCGUCCUCGUACUACGCCCGGGACCGCAGUCCCAUUAGGAGAACCUCUCUCCCCCCUAUGGACCCCACAGGUAACGGCUACUCCUACGAGCGUUCCCGCCUUUCCCCCGUCUCUAGGCCGCCGAUGUACGCCGUGCCGCGCGCGAGGGACCCCUACGCUGAAAGGUUGCCUCCGCCACCACCUGCCCGCUAUGCUUACUAAGCGUGAUGGCUUCUGAAACAAGGUUAAAACCGUCUUGACAGGAUCGUCGUCCGUCUGCGUCGUCCCGUCUCCUGAUGCACGUGGCGCUAUUCUCCCCCCUAUCGUCUGACUGAGCGCGUUUCGUUCUCCUGAAGCACUCACAGGAGGAUUUGCAAUGCGGACCGCAUUUUUCGUCUUUAUACAGAAACGGAAAAAAAGUACCCGUCAUGUUUUGCUGAUUUUAUUUUGAUUGAUUUUUAUUGUGCUGUAGGUAUGUUUUACUGUAGACAAAUCCCCAAGUCGACGUAUAUAUUUUGCCCCCGUUCUAACAUUCGACUUCUGAUUCUGUAUGUGGCAUGAUAAGGACUGAACCAUUUAAAGUAAAAAGUAAAAAAAAAAUUAAACACAAAAUGUGUAAACCCGAAAUACAUCACUGUAUCGAUGAACACGAAUAAUAUUGCAAAUCAAACUAAUUCAAUUUAAUGUAGAAUUAUGGUUGCGGCCUGCGAAAAAUGUAAACAUCGUCAAAACUAGUUUUAAGUAGUUCAAUUUGUUAGUUACAAAUAUUUGUCAAGUAGUUACCUCAAGGCGGUAAAUUGUACUAUUCUAAUGGAAGUGGAAUGGGAUGUUUUUAAUAAAGUGCUGAAAUGUGCAUUCAUAUCCUUUUUAAUCUAGUCCGUUGAAACGAAACUGCAGGACGUCUGCCUUUGAAAAAAUUGAGUACAUAUUUGUCCACAGGACUUGGAAGUAGCCUACUAUCGGCUUGCUCAAUGGCUCAAUUUCUUGUCGGUUCUCAACCUAUCUUACUGUUAAUGCGCAAAACGUUUUUCUGCCAUCAUAAAUAUUACAUCCCUCAUCAUAAUAUCCUGGCAACUUUGACCACUCUCACUCAGGAAUAAUCUCUGGAGAGAUGCUGUUAGACAACAAUGCCAGCAGGAGUUCUCACAGGUAAGUCAGGAUGAGCCUAAACUGUGUGCAUGAACUAUAGAAAUGUAAUGAUUAAGCUGUCUUGGAGGGAUUCUUUCAUUCUUAGGACGGUUUAGUUUUUUGUGCUGUCACCGAUUUGCAAUUGACUACAUUAAUAUCUCUUAAUUUAAGCAGAUUGAGUGUUUAUAAACCCAAAAUACAGGUGUCAUCUAAGUAUAGUUGCUGUUGAUUGCUGUGACCAUAAACUGGAAAUUUUAACAUUAAAAAUAUAGACAAGCCCUCAGAUCAGAGGUUGAUUGAUUUUCCUGUUUGAACAAGACCGUUAAUUGAUCCGUGAGCCAAUAUCAAAAAAGCUUGGUAGUCAUUCCUGGUAUUCUUUAAGCUACAGCUCUUGUGGACAUGGUUAAUUUAAGAAGUUUUAAUGCAACAUACCUAUUGGUUGUCAAGUCAAAUAAAUGAGUCAAGUGA